AUGAAGAUAAGGCACAUUUUGGCUGAUCAAGAAAGGUUAUUCAUUGAAGAAAGUUUAUCAAAGGGCGUGGUAAGUCAGUUUUCUGUUUAGUAUUGGUGUUUAGAGACUUGAUGGACGAAAAAUAAACGAACAAAGGAAGCUGAACAUCGAACCUGUUGCUGAUGGAAAAUGUAUAAGCGCUUCUUUAGGAAACACAAGGUAAAAACUGGAGUUUUAUUAUGUGAAUUGGCUUAUUUUAUAUCUAACAAGCAAUAAUAACGUUCUUUUUGUAAUAUCAUUAGUUGUUGAGUAAUUCUAUUUUGAAAUUGAAUGUUUAGAAUUGAUGUUGUGAUCAAAAUCAAACCAGUAGCUGCCAGGACAGUUGGCCGACCAACCUCUGGUUUCUUGUUUUUUGAUGUUAGAAAGACUGUCACGUCUCGGUAUGGCCAACCAAUUAAAACUCGAGAUCCGCCUAAAGAAUUGGACAGAGUUCAGCCAAUUCUAAAUCGUCUUUAUCGUGACGCCAAAGCCAUUGAGCUGGACGCAUUGUGCAUCGAAGUGUUCCAUUGUGUGUAUGAAGUCAGAGUACAAGUGAAUGUGGUACAAGAAGAUGGAAACUUGAUAGAUUGUGCUACAGCAGCCGUAGCAGCUGCGUUAGGGAUCGUGAAGCGAAGAGCAGUGGAAUAUGAUCCGAAUUCCGGACUUAUCAGAUUCGUAAGUAAAUAUAAAGUUUAUUUGUGAAUUGGAUUAUAAAUUUCAAACCAACUGUAAUAUUAAUAUCACGUUAAAGAUUGUAAGUAAUAAUCAAUAUUUAGCUGAGCAAGCAAGAGAGUGUCGCUUCAAACAUUCCUAUCAACUUCUUAGCUUUAACUACAACUUUUACUUUUUUUAAAACGGAGUAAGUGUUCAUAAUUAUGUUCUAUUAUUGAUUAGUAUUCUUAGUUUUAAAUUUAUUAGCUUCUUUUAUCAAUAUUUAAAUGUGUAAAACAACAACUUUAGUUCUGAACCUAUCGUCGAUGCUACUCUAAAGGAAUACAAAGUGGCAGGCUUCCAGAUUACCGUGGGUGUUAACCAUCGAGAUGAAGUGAUAGCUUUGUUCUCGACUGGUGGAUCCUUAUCGCUGGAGCUGAUGGACCAACUUCUGGAUAAGGCACAUUCACAAUGUAUGGAAAAUGUAAAGGUUGUUAAGCAAUCAAUCGACAAGUUUGUUAAACUGGACAUAUCUUAA